CUAGUUAAUCUCAUGUGCGGCUUACUGCAUUGUCGCUUUGUGCGUUUUCAUUUAGUUUUUAUUUUCGAAAAACCGAUUAUUUGGACAGCUUAUUUACAAUAAACAUAACAGAGAAAUGACAGCAGAGAACGAACGCGAAAUAUAUCAUAAAUUAGAAGCUAUGAAAGAAAUCAGAAAUAAGACGAUCACCUUGGAGCGUUUGAAGAGAAGUAUCGUCAGUGAAGUACGUAGUGGAGAUCAGGAAGGGCGAUGUCUGGCACAAUACAAGAGGGAAAUGGAGCUGUUACAACAGGAGAAAAUGAGCCAUGUAGAAGAGCUACGACAGAUACAUGCAGAUAUAAAUGCGAUGGAGACAGUAAUAAAACAAACAGAGGAGAGCAUGGGCCGGAAGCUAUCUAAUGCAUCACGACUGCACGAGGACUACCGGCCGCUGAAGGCCGAGGUGGACAUGCUGCGCCGGCAGUGCCUCGGCCUUGAUCGCCUGCCAGACUUGCAUGAGGAGGAGGGCUCACCCAUCACACCUGACCGUUUCCCGGCGUCAGUGCGGAGCUCUGUGGGGGGUGCUGGGGGCGUGGGGGGCGCGGGUCUGCCGCCGGGUGUGGGGGGCGCGGUGGGUGCGGGGGGCGCGGCGUUCCUGCCCCCCGCGCCGCGCAAGCCGCCCCCGCCGCCCGCGUUCAGGUCUGCCCUACAACAAGAUUUCAUUACCGUCUCGCUGAGACAGCAGCCGCCGCCUAUGAAGUCGUGCCUAUCCUGCCAUCAGCAGAUCCACAGGAACGCUCCCAUCUGUCCUCUCUGCAAGGCCAAGAGCCGCUCCAGGAACCCCAAGAAACCCAAGAAGAAAUAACGCAAUGCUCUAAACUAGGUAAACUAAAGUACAUUUUGAGGUUAUAAUUUCGACGUCAAUAUGUUUAAGAUUAUUCUGACAUAUGACUCCUAUGGAGACUAUCGUAAGUCAAAAUUUCAAUUUUUUUUUGUUACAAAUUCACUGUAAAUUUGAAAAUAACCGAAGAUUCACUGCUAUGUAUGAUACUAUUUUAGACAAUAUUAUGUGAAAAAUGUCUCACGUGAAGUGUCAACUGUGCCUACUCUAUAUUUAUUUUAAUCUUUGAUAAUAACGUUAAAAACUGCAGAUUUUGGUUUCCUAUGUAUAUAGAUUAUUUGAUACGUAAAUUGCUUUACGUACGAUAUUUUACAUAGGAGCCAAUAUAUGUCUAUUACUUGAUGGUCAUAUUUGAAAACAUUUUUGAGGUUAUAAUAUGAUAAGCUUAUCUAACCCGGUAAGAUCUCGGUUACUUCUGACCAAAGACAUUUAAGAAGUAAAGACUAGACAUAGGGUAUAAUAUUUUUACUGGUAACUUCUUUGUACGAUAAA